CCGGCGUUAUAGCGUCUUCUGGGAGGCAGAUGGAGGGAUAAGGAGAAAUGAGAGAUGAAAAAAGAAUACAAAAUGCGCGGGGUGUUUGGAGAGGGUCGUAUAUGCGUCUGCUUUAUUUUUUCCUCCUCGGCGCGUCGUCAAAAAGGGUUGUGUGUGGUGUAGAAACGGGCCUGGUGCGUUUUCCUGCGGGGUCGUGUGUGCUCUGAUACCCGGUUAUAAUCCGGAGUGAGAGGAGUGUGAACGCUGAUCUGAAGUGAACAUCUGAGAAGGGGGACACUGGAGCAGAGGAGCCUCCAUCCUUCUGUCCCUCUGUCCCUCAGUCCGCACUGUCUCACCUCACCUCACUGACUGGCUGGGUGCGCGCGCCGCUCGCGGACGUCACCUCAGCAUUCCCGCCUUUUCCUUCCCUCCACCGCACGCGCCGCUCCAGAGAUUCUUCUAGAGCCGCAUUUAAAUAAAAACAAUGUAACGGAAAUAACGGAAACCCCUUCCCGCCUUAUAAUCCCACACCGCUCAGGCCUCAGGCACACAUUUGUGUACAUCAUUACUAUAAAACAUUCCUAGCAAAAUUCCAGCCUGAAACUUCGUAAAUGUCUUUAUAUUGAAUUAUCGGUGACGUGUUUGGCGUAUGUAGCAUGUGCUGUAGCGUGUGCUGUAGCAUGUGGUGUAUUUUCUGUGAGAACUUUGCAGCUGUUUGGCGUUCUGAGGUGACACUGUUAUCAGCUGCUCGCACACUUUCACAAGAGAAUACAUUUCCAAUGUAUAAAUCACGUUCCAUGACACAUUAGCGCCUGAACAUCUCGCUUUCCAUUAACAAUCGAGCGCCAUGUCAAUGAGAAGUAGUGGCGACGUCAAUCUAACGCUAGACUGAACGUACUCUGGUAGAUUUGGAUAGAUGGCGAUUAUAAGUUGAAGAGGUAUUCACGUGAAAUUUGAAGUUGUGUUUGAAAUUAUAGUACAGAUGAGGAGGAAGGACAUCUGGAUAGACUAAAGGACUAAAGUGCCGCUGCAUCGCUCUCUUCAGGAUAGGAGCGAUUGCUGCAAAUCGUUAUACUCCUAGGCAGUUGGAAUGUUCUUAGGUGAAUUUAGCUCGGAAAAUUGUGAAUUCCCAGAGCAAAUUCAUCUCUGCAUGCCUGGUCUCAGGGCUUGAGAAACAUUUCAAGAGGAUGUACCUGAAUUGCUUCUGUUUAAUGAUGAUGCCGAUCUCAUUCACAUAUCUGAACUUUUCCCAACCUGGAAUUCCGAGUUGCAUGGAUAUAAUCAGGUCAAGACUAACUGCCUGAGUUUGGAUUUUUUAGAGUUUGGAGUUGAAUCUCAUGCAGCCUCUGCACUACUAUAAUUGACAAUCAUGUGCUGCUUAUAAAUAUUGAUAUCUCCAGUGUUCAUUUGUAAAUUUAUCAGUAAUACAUACAGUAACAGAGAACUUUUGAGGAACUCAAAUACAUAAUCAUAAAUCUGUAGAUAAGCUUUUUGAUUUUAGGUCCCACAGUUUUCCCAUUGUGUCACCUUUAGUUCUGUGUUUUGCUUCUGCUCUCAUCUCUGUCUUGUGAUUGGUUUGUUAUCACAUUGUGUUCACCUGGUAUUGUAUGAUUGUUGGAUUGUGAACAUUAAUUGCUGUUGGAUUGCUGAGAUUAAUAAUUGCAUAACUUAUAAUAACGUAAGCUAUCAGUCUUUCAGUAUCUAAUUUCCUGUAUUAUUUUUCAGUAUUAUACCCACAUUAUUUAAACCGGUGUAUACUUGUUUAAUUUUCAAUCUCUUAUACAAUGCAUUAUGAGUAAUUACUUAGUUAAUACAAUGCACACAAAAGUCAGCCUUAACGUAGCAACACUUCACUGGAGAGUGGGUAUCACUUUGCACUUUUAAAUAAUUGAAAAUGGCCGUGCUCAGGAGUGGAGGUGAAACUCAUCCUGUUCACUGACACCAAUCACUGGCCAGGUCACCUCGAGCCACUGAGAAGAUCCCACACUUAUUUGCUCAGAAAAAAACAGCCAAUCAGAGAAAAAGUAAUAUGUUAUGUUAAUAAAACAUUUUAAUAAGUAACUUCAUAUAGGACUAUUUCCUAUUCUUUGUGAAUUAUAUGCUCAGUUAUGCAAGCAAUUAUGAAAGUAUCUUUAUUAAAUUAAAAGACAAAAACACCGUGAAUUGGCUGCAGGUAGAAUAUAAUGAGUUAAAUCAUGUAUUUCUGACGAUCUCUCGGCUUUUGUCUAGCAGUGCCCUUUGGCCUGUAAGAAUAUGAAGUGCAUGCCGCUCCAGUUCUCUCAGUGUGCUGUAAGUAAAACCCAGCUCUAGAGCUACACACACUUCCAUUUCAGGAACAGUUGUAGGAGAUAAAAAUAGAAAGUCAAAGUCAAUGUCAGCUAUAGAAAUGUACAAGUAGUACAAUUUAUGGAUAAAAAUAACAAUUACAACGAACAACUAUUGAGAGAUGUUAAAGCCGAAUCCAAUCUAUGCAUAAGGCUGUUAACAUUCAAUCCAAUCCGAGCAUAGAAAUGUUAAAGCACAAUUCAAUCCAAGUAUAUACCUAAUAACAUAGACUCUAAUCUGAUCACAGACCUGCUACAGUCUAAUCUAAGUAUAGAGAUGUUAAUGUAGAAUCCAGUUCAAGCUAAUUGUUGCUAAUGUAUAAUCUGUAAUGAACGUAGAGCAUUUAGAGCAGAAUCUAAUCCAAACAUAUAGCCAUCAAUCCAAUCUGAACAUAAAUCUGUUUUAAUCCUAGCAAAAUCUAAUAUGAUCAUAAAGCUGUUCAAGUAUAAUCCGAUCUAAGAAGAGAGCUCAUAAAACCAGAAUCUAAUCCAAACAUUAGAGCUGUAAAAAGGUCCAAUCAAAGUACAGAUCUUUUGAAACAGAAUCCAAACCAAUACACAAUGUCCAAUUCAAAUAUCAAAUCCAAUCUGUGCAGAAACUCUGUGCUUGUGGUAGAUGACUGAAUGAGUAGAUGAACAGAUGAACGAAUGAACAGAUGGAUGAAUUAAUGAAUGUCAAUGAGGUGCGUAAUGUAUUUGGAUGACGGAUGAGGAGAGAGAACAGGGACGAACAUCAACCAAUCAGAGUGUGAGAUUGUGAUAGUGGGCGGGGCCUACAGAGGAAUACAGAGGUUCUUGUGAGGUUCCUGAGCGAGUGUGGAUGAGUGGGAGUGAAGAGCAGAAGCAGGCUGAACUGAAAGGGAAGAGUUAGACUGCUCAUUAAUUGUUCAGCGCACAUUCCUCCACACACUGCGUCACUUAUUAAUGAGUGUGGAGAGUGUUGAGUUUCACCACGAGCAUCAGACACCACAGCGUCACAGCACCAAGACCAGGCUCCGAAGGAUUACACACACAACACACUAACAUCUGUAGAGGAACAUGAGUUCAUCUCAACCUGCGUGUUGUUCUAACCAUGCGCCAUUUCAAACGCCACAGGACCAAAGCCUCAGGCGGCUGGUCGUCUUCGUCUCACGCUCCUGCAGACGGCUGGGACACGUUGUCCAGUAGAGACGAGCGUGACUUCUUCAUCGAUCACGUCUCCCAGCCCAGUUCCUUGGAGGAAGUGCGUCUGGGGCUGGAGGGAGAUAAGUUAGCUCCUCGGAAAGUUGAGAUGAGACGAGACCCAGUGUUAGGCUUUGGGUUCGUAGCAGGAAGUGAAAAGCCCGUCAUAGUUCGUUCUGUCACUCCAGGUAGAGGUCCAUCAGAGGGAAAACUGGUUCCUGGAGAUGAGAUCAUUAUGAUCAACGAUGAGCCAGUCAGCAGCGCUCCCAGAGAGCGAGUGAUCGACCUGGUCAGGUACUCGAACGCCUCAACUCACGAUUACAGGAGUUGUAAAGAGGCCAUCGUACUGACUGUCAUCCAGCCGUAUCCUUCUCCCAAAUCCGCCUUCAUGAGCGCCGCCAAAAAGGCAAAGCUGAAAUCCAACCCUGUGAAAGUCAGAUUUGCAGAAGAGGUCAUCGUUAACGGUCAAAUUCCUGAAACGGUGAAGGAUAACUCACUUCUCUUCAUGCCAAAUGUUCUGAAAGUGUACCUUGAAAACAGCCAGACGAAAUCGUUCAGGUUUGACAGCAACACCUCCAUUAAGGACGUCCUACUGACGCUGCAGGAGAAGCUGUCCAUCAAAAGCAUUGAGCAUUUUUCUCUGAUGUUGGAACGAAAGAUGGAAAAUUCAAACACAAAAUUGGUUCUGCUGCACGAGCAGGACAUGCUGAGUCGGGUGACUCAGCAGCCUGGAUCUCACAAGAUGAGGUGUUUGUUUCGCAUUGCUUUUGUACCACGGGAUCCGGUGGAUCUUCUCCGUCGUGACCCCGUGACCUUCGAGUAUCUCUAUGUGCAGAGCUGUAAGGAUGUUGUUCUGGAACGGUUCGGUUCAGAGCUGAAGUACGACACGGCUCUCCGUCUCGCCGCUCUUCAGAUGUACAUCCUCACCAUCAGCACCAAACAAACUCAGAAAGUCUCCUUCAAAUACAUCGAGAAGGAGUGGGGGUUGGCUCUGUUUCUUCCUCCAGCAGUUCUGUCCAGCAUGAAGGAGAAAAACAUCAAGAAGGCCAUAGCACACAUCCUGAAAACGAAUCAGAACCUGGUGCCUCCUGGGAAAAAGUUGACAGCACUGCAGGCCAAAGUUCACUACCUGAAGUAUCUCAGUGACCUGAGACUGUAUGGAGGAAGAGUGUUUAAAUCCACACUGCUUCAAGCAGAGAAGCACACAGAGGUCACACUUCUUGUUGGACCACGACAUGGAAUUAGCCAUGUCAUCAACACCAAAACCAACUUGGUGGCUCUGCUGGCCGACUUCAGCCACGUUAACCGCAUUGAGAUGUAUACUGAGGAUGAGAGGAACGUCCGAGUAGAGCUCCAUGUGCUCGAUGUAAAGCCCAUCAUAUUAAUAAUGGAGUCGAGUGAUGCGAUGAAUCUGGCAUGUCUUACUGCGGGGUACUACAGACUGCUGGUGGAUUCACGACGCUCCAUCUUUAACAUGGCCAACACCACAUCUGGCCACGAUUCCCAGGAAAAGCACAACUUUCAGGCGAUUGAGUGGAACUAUGGCUCUUGUACUGGGUGUGAGGACCACACUGGCAGGAUCUCAGACUCAAACCCCAGUCCCAUGUAUAUUACUGAGCUCCACCAGGUGCAUCAGGCCAGCAGGGGCGCAUGUAUGCAACCCCUCGCCCACACGCAGCCCUUCUUCAGGAGUAAGUCUGACGAAUCCCCCAAAAACGCCAAGGUGUCUUUUAUAUUUGGAGACGCUCCAUUGGAGAACGUGAAUCCCCAGCAUUUGGGGUACCAAAGGUUAAUGGAGGACAUUCCGGAGGUUUUGAAUGAUCAGCGUGCACUUUAUCUGCACCAGGAUGAAUAUAAACCCUUGGAUCAGUGUUUGGACAUGGAUGGCUUCCAGUAUGGGAAUCACAUGGUUUAUGGCGAUGGUAAGAUCUUUGGUAGUGCAGAGGGAAUCGAGGAGCCGCUCCUGCAUGAGAUCUGCUACGCCGAGACCACAGACGAUGCGGAGGACGAGGACGACAUUAGUUGUGAGGACGACAUGUCGAUGAUGGCGAUGGCGGAUUCUCGAGAAAGAGCUCUGUCUCUUCUUUCCCUGUCGGAAUCCAGCGACGAUAUCAUCGACCUGACCUCCCUUCCCCCUCCACCAGAGGGAAACGACGUAGAAGACAACGAUGUGCUUUUGCAGUCGUUAAACUUGGCUAUAGCUGCUCCACCACCUGGAUUCAGGGACAGUUCAGAUGAAGAUGAGCACCAAGGAGAACAAACGAGGAAGAAAAGAAACUCAGACAUCCCAGUGUCGCUGAUAGACUCCGUGCCGAUGAGCGUAGAUGGUGGGAAGGAGGAAGGGUUGGAUGAUGCUGUUGUUUCCACACUGCAAGCACUAGAAGCUUUGGCAGCCUCUGAAGAUCCGACCCACCCACAUUCAGACAAUAAUUCAGGUGUAGAAAUAUCUCGAUCCUAUAGCCCUGAGUCCGCUUCGGAUUCAGGAAAUGAGACUAAUUCCUCCGAAAUGACUGAAAGCUCAGAACUUGCAGCAGCUCAGAAACUCUCUGACAAUCCCCUGAAAAUGUUCGUGGUCACUGCAGAAGGCUAUCAGACUCUAGAAGCUGAAAAAACGGAGUUUCGCUUGAGGGCGACGUCUAGAAACCAGGAGGAAGAACUGAAGUCCACAGCUGUAGCUUCAUGUCAGGCACUCCAUUCAGACCACUUGGAAAUGGAACCUGAAACAAUGGAGACCAAAUCGCUGUCUGAUUACUUCAACAAAAUGCAUAUGGAUGCCAUGAUGGGCAAGAGAGCAGGAAAAGUUGAUGAGGCAGAUCGCAGAAUGGGAACAUCCAGCAAAAACGAAAUAAAAACACUCGGCUCUAACGUAGAGGACGUGAUUGGGAGAUACAAUAAUGUGAACUCAAAAGAACCAAUUCACACAGGGUUUGACCUCCAAAGGACACCAUUUCCAUUUCAGGACAGGAAUGGACAAUCACAACAGAUCCUGAACUGUAAAGCAGAGGAACACGUUUACUCCAAAACGCCAAAGUGUGGCUUGAACACAGUCACUAGUAAUCUCAGAGGAUCUUUGAUAGAUCUGAACACUCGCACAGCUGCAGAAGAGGCGUAUUUAAUCGAGCAGGCUUCACAGCAAAACAAGGUACCGUCAUCUGAAAAGGAAGUGACACGGUUGUACGAGUACCACUUACCGAAGAGGAUGUCCUCACUCCAGAGUGAAGGAAUUCAUUCCCUGCAGAGCUCUCAGUGUUCCUCCAUCGAUGCGGGAUGCAGUACAGGAAGCAGCAGCUGCGUGACGCCCAUGGACUCGCCACACUGCACUGCCGAGAACAUCCACCUGAUCACAGAAUCAUCUCUGAAAAGCCUCGCGUACCCAAGCGCUGAAGACAAAGCCUACAGUCAAAGUCCACAUCGCAAACUCGUCCAUCAGACUUUAGAUCCUGCGUUUUUACGGAAGCACCAUGCAGCCCCUGGUACAGAGGCCAACGUGGGACGUGAAGGAGGCCAGAGGAUGGCCAAGAUCAGAGAAACUACAGUGUAACAUGCCGUCAUGGCUCUGAAACGAAGGCUCAUCAUUUACACUCAACACAUCUACAGUACACUGAUCCUGACCAUUCACACCUGGCACGUGCCAAAUCCAGGAGUCUGUACAGGUCUGUAGAGGUCUUCCCCUUUCACGGACUGGAUCUCUGGUUGCCUCAGGAAGGCAGAACUGGAAUUUCCCUUCAGCUUCCAUGGAAAGCAGUGGCAAAUGCAGUUUUUUUUUCUUCAUGAAAACUAUUUUGGCUCAGGGAGCAUCGUUGGAACUUUAAAAGAACCAAAUGUGUAAUUGAUUCUGGACAGUUUCAGAAAUAAAACCUGACCUUUUGCGUUUUUGUGGAAGAUGAAGUCGGACUGGAUAGCGAGACAUGUCGUGGGGUUUUCUUAGUAGAAAUGUGGAGAAUAAAUCAAGCAGGAGUUACCAAGAAAACCGUCUCCAGCUCUCACAAUGUCCCAGUUCUAACAGUGUUUUCAGUUUGUAGUAUGAAAUGGUGAUGAAGAGUGAAGGCCAUGGUGUUGUGCUGUGCUGUAACGAUAAUAGAAAAAUCUUCAGCCGGCAACAAUAAAAAAAAAGAAUUCUUUGGUUGUGAGUCGAAGUCUCAGAGCGUCAUCGCACUGAUUUAGUGCCCUCACAACCAAAAGCAGCUAUGACUCUUUUUUAAUCUUUCCACAGAGACGUCUCACCAAUCAGGAGCAUCUGUAAAUUCAUGUAUGUGGAAGAGGGCAGAAAGCGUGUAUUCUGCAGCUCUGCAUUUCAAGUGUCACAGAGAAAAACACAUAUUAGUCUUCAUUUGAGAGCCUGAUGGUGGUGGUGGUUGGUGGUCUUCAGGUGAAGUUCUGUCCAGUUCUGUUGUCAUUGGUUGCAAAGACUCACAACCCAAAAACUCUUCUAUAAAUGUUGGGCUUUAAUAAGGGAAAUAAUCUCUCCUACUUACAGAAGCACUUGUUGCCGUGUACAAAUUACACUGGGCUGAUGGCAAUCAGAAAAGAAAAACUUUCAGCACAACAAUAAAAACCAAGAAAAAUCAUGAAAACCACGAAACCCCGUCUUUGACUUUUCCAUGUGAGAUUUGCAGCCAUCUUGAUCUCAUCCUGGGAGAAAGUAAAGAAAAGGAUGCUGAUUUUCAGCUCCUUCAAAGCCAUAAACUGCCCCGUGAUCAUCACUGACAUCCUCACGUGGUGCUCGGUAACAAUUCAUUCAGUCUGACUGGUGUGCUUUUAUUAAACUCUAUGCCUUGUGUAUAUUUUAUGUAAACUGUAAAGAAAAAUUAAUUAUAUACUACGUAGAAUUUUUAAAAACAGGAAAAAUCUAGCGUUCUUAAACUUUUGGGUUAUGCCUAUGUUCCAGUGAUGAUAUAUAUGAAAAAAGAUGACGUUCUGGAAUGUUCAGAAACGGCACAUUCGCAGCUUAUUUGCCUGUUAAUUCUGUAUAAAUGCUUUAGUCAUAGAAUAAAGAACAAUACAAGACAUUUUUUGCAUAUUUAUGACAUUAAUCAGUUGUGAUUUAUUUGCAUAAUCAAGCGUAUUAAAUAUUUGGAAUUAUUUGGA